CCGUUGGAAAUUUAAGCGCAAGCAAGUUGAAAACUUAAAAGGAAAAAAAGGCAUUGUGUGGGUCCAAAAGCUGUGCAGCGUAUUUCCGAUGUUUAAAUUGGACAGCUUCUAGAAGGCGUUGACUUGAUGCAAACAAAUGAAGGCAGUAGAAAUAUCCAAAGUAAAGAAUAGUGCCUCUAUUAUAUUAUGAGAACAGGGAAAGAAGAGUGUUUGUUGGUAGUUGUUGUUGAUGUAGGUUGUAUAGUUUGCCUCUAAACACGUAUUUUCAGCAUAUUACAUCAGGAAGCAAUGAUUAAUAUUGUGCAUGGUGUACAGGGCAGUGCAGAAGCAAACUUUCCGGACAGAACCUGAAGUCAAAGAUCCGGAGUCUGUGCAAGGAAUUCUGGAAAUAGCAUGUAGAAGAUUUAAGCCGGCAAAUGAACCAAAAGUGUAUGUUUCUAGCAGAACUGACAAAGGUGUCCAUGCGUUACUCUCAUCUGCCCAUGUUGAUCUAGAGCGCCAUACAGGUGGUGGGUAUGACCCAGAGUGUCUGACUGUAGGUUUCAACAGGUAUUUUGAGAAGGCCAAAGUUGGACUUAGAGUGCAAAAGUGUCAGCUAGUCCCAGAUACAUUUCAUUCAAGACAUAGUGCAAAGUGCAGAACUUACUUGUAUCGUCUAGCUGUGAGGAAACAAAAUGCACCAACACUACAAAAGAUGGGCUUCAAAUACUUUGCUGAAAUACCAUUUUCUGAAUGGAGGAGAUGUUAUUUUAUACAGAAUCCAGAAUUCAAUGUUGAUGCAAUGAAACAAGCCGCGGCACUUUUCCCAGGAAUAAAAGAUUUCAGGUCAUUUAUGGGUGCUUCGCGAGAUGAUCGAGACAUCAGGACUGUAAGAAGUAUGAAAGAACUCUGUAUCAAACCUGGCCAGCAAUUUCUGAGCGAUGAUUAUAUGCCAAGUUGUAAGCAUUAUGAUUUUUGGGAAGUAACAUGUAAAGGGCAGUCAUUUCUGUAUCGACAGGUACGAAGAACUGUAGCAGCUCUGAUUGCAGUGGCUCAAGGAAGACUAACUCUGAAAGACGUCCAGUACAUGUUAGAUGUACCUAGUAAAGACAGUUGGAAUCCUAAGGCUGUUACAGUGCCCCCCUAUGGGUUGUUCCUUGUUAAUGUAGAAUAUGAUCCACAAGAUCUUUUAUAUGAAAGAAACUGUGAUAAUCAGUGGACAGAGAACAACAAUUUGUAG